AUGAAUUUCCAGUUACGACCAGUAUUUCAAUCAUCUUAUCAUCAACAAAAAUUGUCAAAUUCACAUAAUCAAUUAUCCUCAACUUUAUUAGUUAAUCAAUUUUCAACUAUUCCUUUAGGUUGUUUUAAGGGUUUUAAAGAUACCAGAAGGCUUAAAUGUUUUAGUAGUCAGUGCAAGAAGAAUAAUUAUCGAAAUUGUAAAUAUUGUAAACAUAUCCCGUUAUUUUCAUCACCUUUAAGGAAUAUAGUCAUAAUAGACGAUAGUUAUAGAUGGGAAUCAGAUUCAGAUAUUUUUGAUAGUGAAUCGGAUUAUAGCUAUGAAACUGAUGAUGAAAUUUUUGAACUGAGACCCAAAUCCAUUACUUCUUCCAGGACCUUAUCGGUGGACAUCCAAUUGAGUAAUCUCAUCACAGAGAUAGAAGAGUUUACCAAUGAGAACUAUCAACCUAAGAACAAUGUGUUUCAGAAGUUGGUAGGUAAAUUGAAAUUUAAGAAGUAG